AUGAGCAACCUCGCAAACGUGGGCAACAUUGUUCGCACCUUGCAAUCCGUCAAUUCGAACGUGACAGAAGACGGCCAACUGUGUCUUCUCUCGCUUGAGGGAGAUAGACUCAUAGAGAACAUCUACGACAAUGAAGAGCUUCUGUCUCAACGAUGCGUGACCAACGACGCCAAGCAUAACUCUUCGGCAGUCUACAUGAUGUUGGAAUCCAGCGCAUUCAUGCUCUAUCUCGGCAGCAACGCGUCGCUCUGCGCCAGGGAGUUCAACCACCGCGAGAAGGAGUGGGUGGAAGCGAAGAUCGAAAUUCCCCAUCUGACUGACCUGUGCCCUGACACUCGCUUAUCCGUCGUGACCGUUCCCGAGGUCACCAUCGUCUUCUAUCAGACCAUCAAGGGGCAGGUACAUGGCAUCGCGUUCGACCGCAAAAAGGAGCACUGGCUGGCCCCCUUCUGCCUCCCCUGCCAGGCCCAGCGUGGAACGCCAAUUUCGGCCUUUUCAACCCAGGAGUCCGUCAUUGUGUCCUUUGUUGACAUUGAGAAGAAAGUGCACAUCUUCUCGAGGCGUCUCGAGGCUGACAAGUGGGAAGACAAGAUUCUGGAUGACUCGUCGGACAAUGCACACAUGAUGAAUUUGGUUGUCUAUGAGAACGAGGAGCGCGGAACAAUCGAGGCCUUUGCACAGGUGCAGAACAAGAUUCUGCACAUCGACCAGCAUCAAGGACGCUCUUGCUUGGGCCAGGUGACCAAGGGAGAGUUCACGCCCAUCACCAAGGCCGAGUGUGGAAGAUUUAUUCGCGCGCGCUUUGGACUGAUGGGUCGCCUCCGUGGUAACACUACUAUCAACAUCAACUGGAUUAACAACUCGGGCUACGCGCCUAUUUCUGUUUGGGGAGCGAGGCGACCAGCCUGGGCCUAG